AUGGCAUUGACCAAGGAGGAACAGCUGGCGCUCAUUAACGAGAACCUCGCUGAAGUUCUCAACCCGGAGAUCAUUGAAGAUGUUCUGAACAAAGGAGAGACCCUCAAGAUCUACUGGGGUACCGCGACUACGGGAGCUCCUCACUGCGGAUACUUCGUUCCGAUCAUGAAAAUCGCCCAACUUCUCAAGGCUGGCGCAAAUGUGAAGAUCCUCCUUGCGGACGUACAUGCCUUCCUCGACAACUUGAAGGCCCCGAUCGAGCUGGUCGAGUAUCGCGCGAAGUACUACCGUUUCGCUAUCACCGCCCUGCUCAAGGCAUGCAACGUCCCUGUGGAGAAAUUGGAAUUUGUGCUGGGUAGCUCGUACCAGCUUUCCUCCAAGUAUACGAUGGACACAUACAGGGCGUGCUCGAUUACGUCCACUCACGACAGCGCGAAAGCAGGCAGCGAGGUAGUCAAGCAGUCCGAUAACCCUCCUUUGAGUGGUCUCAUCUACCCUAUCCUCCAAGCUCUUGAUGAGGAGUAUCUUGGAGUUCACUGCCAGUUCGGCGGUGUUGAUCAGCGGAAAAUCUUUGCCUUGGCUAAAGAAUUGCUGCCGAAAUUGGGCUACUCUCAGCGUGCACACAUCAUGAACCCUAUUGUCCAAAGUUUGUCUGGAGGCAAGAUGAGUUCCUCCGACGCCAACUCCAAAAUCGAUCUCCUGGAUACACCGGAGAUUGUGGGCCGUAAGGUCAAGAAGGCCAACGCGCCCCCGAAGCAGGUCGAGGACAACGGUCUCCUUGCCUUUACGGAACAUGUGCUUCUUCCCGCCAGCUCACUCCUUGACGGCGAGCGAAUCUUCAAGGUCGAGCAGAAGGAGGGAGAUCCCCUGGUCUACCAUGACAUUGAGAGCAUGAGGAAGGACUAUGCCGCGGAUGUGCUCACCCCGCAAUUGCUGAAACCCGCCGUGACCGCCGCUCUAUGCCGUCUUCUCGCGCCGAUCCAGAAGGAAUAUCAGGAGUCUGCUGAGUGGCAGGAGAUCCAAAAGAAGGCCUACCCCGAGGAUGCUCCCAAGGAGAAGAAGAAGAAGAAGGACAAGGGCAGCAGACACCCUGGUGCCAAGGCCACUGUUCAGGCUGAGGAGGGCAAGGACGUGUCCAAGGAGCCGGCGACCGAAGCCGAUGUCGGCAAGAGUGCCGCGGAUGCCAUGGACAAGUUGGCCGUUUAG